UUUACAAUUGAGCAUGAGUCUUCUUAUGAUUAGUGAGAAUGUAAAAUUGGCUCGUGAAUAUGCAUUGCUGGGAAACUAUGACUCCGCGAUGGUCUAUUAUCAGGGAGUUCUUGACCAAAUGAACAAGUAUCUGUAUUCAGUCAAAGAUACAUACCUCCAGCAGAAAUGGCAACAGGUUUGGCAGGAAAUAAAUGUGGAAGCCAAACAUGUUAAGGAUAUCAUGAAAACACUAGAGAGUUUUAAAUUAGACAGUACUCCAUUGAAAGCUGCACAACAUGAGCUUCCAGCUUCUGAGGGAGAAGUCUGGUCCUUACCUGUACCUGUUGAACGAAGACCCUCCCCAGGUCCUAGAAAACGCCAGUCUUCUCAGAACAGUGACUCUAAACCACACAGUAACCGUCCAAGUACAACUGUCAGAGUUCACCGUCCAUCUGUACACAAUCUUCACAGUGACAGAGGGAAAGCUGUUCGUUGUCGGGAAAAGAAAGAACAGAAUAAAGGAAGAGAAGAAAAGAACAAAUCACCUGCCGCUGUUACAGAACCAGAGACAAAUAAAUUUGAUAGUACUGGAUAUGAUAAGGACUUAGUAGAAGCUUUGGAAAGAGAUAUAAUUUCCCAGAAUCCCAAUGUUCGAUGGGAUGAUAUUGCUGAUUUGGUAGAAGCUAAAAAGUUGCUUAAGGAAGCCGUAGUGUUACCAAUGUGGAUGCCAGAAUUCUUUAAGGGCAUCAGGAGACCAUGGAAAGGAGUGUUGAUGGUUGGCCCACCUGGCACGGGAAAGACCCUCCUUGCUAAAGCAGUAGCUACGGAAUGCAAGACAACAUUCUUCAAUGUCUCUUCAUCAACACUAACUUCUAAAUACAGAGGAGAGUCAGAGAAGCUUGUUCGUCUUCUGUUCGAAAUGGCUCGAUUUUAUUCUCCAGCCACCAUAUUUAUUGAUGAGAUUGAUUCCAUUUGUAGUCGCAGAGGGACUUCUGAAGAGCAUGAAGCAAGCCGAAGGGUGAAAGCCGAGCUGCUCGUUCAAAUGGACGGUGUUGGAGGUGCUUCUGAAAAUGAUGACCCUUCCAAAAUGGUUAUGGUUUUGGCAGCUACUAAUUUUCCCUGGGAUAUUGAUGAGGCUUUAAGACGACGUCUUGAGAAAAGAAUCUAUAUUCCAUUACCGUCAGCAAAAGGCAGGGAGGAGCUAUUACGAAUAAGUCUACGUGAGCUGGAAUUGGCUGAUGAUGUUGACCUUGCAAGUAUAGCAGAAAACAUGGAAGGUUAUUCAGGUGCAGACAUUACCAACGUGUGCAGGGAUGCAUCCUUGAUGGCAAUGAGAAGGCGUAUUGAAGGUUUGACCCCAGAAGAAAUCCGAAAUCUUUCAAGAGAAGAAAUGCACAUGCCCACAACUAUGGAGGAUUUUGAAAUAGCUUUAAAAAAGGUUUCUAAGUCAGUAUCUGCUGCAGACAUUGAAAGAUAUGAGAAAUGGAUAUUAGAAUUUGGAUCAUGCUAAUUCUCACAUGUAAACUGUGAGAAACCUGCCUUAAGUGUUGAAUAAUAAUUAAAUGUAGUAUUUCAUUGCACUGAGUGCCAUAUUAUUUUUUUAAACUUUCAUAAUGGUAAGAUUUUUUUUUUAAACCAUGAUUCUGAAUAAAGGAAAAUUUUAAAAUCUGCAA